ACCGAGGCCGCGUGAGCAGUUCCACUUGAGAUGUCAAACUUAGCUCGGCGGACGGAAGCGGCGGAAAGGCAGGUGCAGCCCACGGCACCAGCUCUGGCGUCCUUCCAGUCUCUUUGACUUUGACCUCUGACCCCUCCUGAGGAUGCCAACGCCGAAACUGGCACAUCCAUCAUGGGUCCCCUGUGGAGUCCCCUCCCUCGCCGGCCUGGACAAAGGAGGCGGGACCCGCAGGACGGCCAGGCUCCGAGGGGGAGGGGCUUCAGCAUCAGCGCAGCCGCUGGACGGAGCCAGGAGCCGGAGGAGAGCAGCUCUGACAGACCCGCCGCAGACUACAACGAUGAGAUCCGCAGGCCGCCGACCAUCCUCACCCAGCCGGAGUCAGUCACCGUCUUCAGCGUGGAAGACCUGGUCAUGAGAUGCGAGGCCUCUGGAAGCCCUCCUCCCAUUUUCCGCUGGAGCAAAGACGGGGAGGAGUUUGACCCGAGCAACGACACAGAGCUGAAGGUGUCGGAGAGCCCCAGCACCUUCGCCUUCUACACGCUCAGCAACACCAUGGAGCCUCUGAAGAAGUACCAGGGCACCUACACCUGCUUCGCCUCCAAUGACCUCGGCACCGCCGUCUCUGCUGACGCCGUCCUGCGGAUCGAAGUUCCACCGUCGCAGCAGAAGGAGAAGAAGAUGCAGGUGAUGGAGGCGGAGGAGGGGCGCAGCCUGGUGCUGAACUGCAACCCCCCCCAGAGCUCCAUGGAGCCCAUCAUCCACUGGAUGGACCAGAGUUUGCACCACAUCCAGCUGAGCGAGCGAGUGAUGGCGGGGAGAGAUGGAAACUUGUAUUUCGCCAACUUGGAGCCCAAGGACUCCAGAAACGACUACACCUGCAACGUGCAGUACCUGGCCACCCGAACCAUCCUGGCCAAGGAGCCCAUCUCUCUGACCGUCACCCGCUCCAACUCGGUGCUGAGGAAUCGAAGGCCUCACAUGAUGCGACCGUCUGGAGCCCACAGCACUUACCAGGCUCUCCGGGGCCAGACGCUGGAGCUGGAGUGCAUCGUCCAAGGCCUACCCACUCCAAAAGUGUCCUGGCUCCAGAAAGACGGUGAGAUGUCGGAGAGCCGGACGUCCCGCAGGAUGUCCGACCGCCGUCUGCUCUUCACCAACAUCUCUGAGGCUGACACCGGAGAGUAUCAGUGCAUCGCCUCCAACUCUCAGGGGAAGAUCACUCACACCUACUCGGUCUUUGUGGAAGCUGCCCCCUACUGGACCAAAGAGCCAAAGAGUCAGCUGUAUGCCCCUGGUGAGACGGUCAGACUGGACUGCCAAGCUGACGGGAUCCCCACGCCAGUCAUCAGCUGGACCAUCAACGGAGUGCCUCUGUCAUCCACUGCCAAGGAGCCCCGACGAACUCUGACCUCAGGCGGGUCUCUGAUCCUGAAUGACGUGAACUACGGAGACACGGCCGUCUUCCAGUGCCGGGCCUCCAACAGACACGGAGCCAUCGUCACCAACGCCGUCGUCCAUGUCAUCAAAAUUCCUCCUCAGAUCCUGACGGACGACGCCAUCACCUACACCUUCAUCGAGGGCAGCGACGCCCUCCUGGAGUGUGACAACUUUGGAUCCCCCAAACCCAAGGUCACAUGGGUGAGCAGCAGCACGUCCUCUCUGCUCGCGGACUCCAGGUUCAACCUGCUCACCAGCGGGGGUCUGGAGAUCUGGAACGUCAGCCGUGAAGAUGUGGGUCUGUACACCUGCUCGCUGCAGAAAACCAGCCUGUUCAUCAGUGCGGAGCUGCAAGUGCUCAACCGCACCGUCAUCCUGUCGCCGGCGCAGGCUCUCAGGGUUCAGCGAGAGGAGAGCGCCGUCUUCACCUGUCUGGCCGUCGCCGACCUCAAACUGGACCCGCCGCAGAUCCAAUGGAGGAAGAACAACCAGAAGCUGUUUGUGAAGAGGAACGAUGAGAAGUACCAGAUGGAGGGCCCCAACUUGAUCGUGGUGAACACCACUCCAGAGGACGAAGGCCUCUACACGUGUCAGGCCAUCACCAACAUGGACAAGGCUGAGGUCAACAACACACUCAUCGUCUAUGACCGGCCCGACCCCCCCUCAGCCCUCCAGAUCAGCGAGAGCAAACACAGACGCCUGACUCUCAGCUGGACUCCGGGAGACGACCACCAGAGUCCAGUUCAAGAGUUCCUGGUGGAGUUUGAGACCCAGGAAGCCAAAGAUGGGGAGUGGGAGGAGCUGAAGAGAGUGGGCGGCGGCUCGCCCAGCACCUCUCUCUCCCUCUGGCCCUUCAUGUCCUACCGCUUCAGGGUCACUGCAAUCAACGAGGCCGGCAAGAGCGCCCCCAGCAGGCCGUCCGAUCUUCACCGCGUAGCUGCAGAGGCCCCGGACAUGAACCCCGCAGACGUCCGCAGCGAGUCCACCGACCCCGACACGCUGCUCAUCACCUGGGAGGAAAUGGACCAGCGCAACUUCAACGGGCCCGACUUCAUGUACCGCGUCAUGUGGCGGCGCGUGCUCGGAGAGGGACCCGACUGGCACAGCAACUACACCACGGCACCGCCGCUGCUGGUCACCGGCACCGGAAACUUCUCCGCCUUCGAGAUCAAAGUGCAGGCGGUCAACAGGAAGGGGGACGGGCCUGAUCUGGACCCGGUGAUCGGCUACUCUGGGGAAGAUGUCCCGCUGGAGGCCCCAAUGGAUGUCGCCGUGGAGAUGCUGAACAGCACGGCCAUUGAGGUGACGUGGGCCGCCGUGGACCAGUCCACCGUCCGGGGCCGGCUGCUGGGCUACAAGAUUCAUCUGACCCGGGUCGGGACCCGGGGCCACCUCAGGGGCCGGCGGGCCCGAGAGCCCACGCUCACAGUGCUGACCGGAGCCGGCGAGCAGAAGAAGGUGAUCGCCAACCUUCGACCGUACUCGCGCUACAAGCUGGCGGUCAACGUCUUCAACAGCAAAGGAGAUGGGCCCCCGUGUGAGACCCUCGGCUUCGACACCGAGGAGGGAGCUCCCGGUCCGCCCGACUCCUUGACCCUGGAGAGUCCGUCUGAGUCCGAGAUGACGCUGCGAUGGAGCCCGCCCAGCCAGCCCAACGGCAUCCUGCUGGGGUACGAGCUGCAGUACCAGCGCAUCUCAGAGAGCGACAACAGCCCCACGCAGGUGGAGAACAUCCACGACCCUGCCGUCAGCCACCUCAGCCUGAAGGGCCUGGACCGCCACAGCCACUACCGCUUCUACUUGAGGGGGCGCACCGCUGCGGGGUACGGGGAGGCCGCGGUGAAGGAGGGCGCCACCACGCUGGAGGGAGCUCCUCCGGCCAACAUCUCCGUGUCUGUGGGGGAAAACUACGCCAACUUCAGCUGGACGUCCAAGAAGAGACACCGCAGCGUCCACUUCCAGAUCCACUACCUCAGGAAGAGCGCUCCUGGCGACUGGAGGACCGUGGACAAGGUCAACUCCGCUCACUCCUUCUACCAGCUGCAGGGGCUGGUGCCCGGAUCCCACUACCACCUGCGCUUCACCUACAGCAACAAAACCUUCUGGGACAGCGACGUCCAGAUCGAAGGCAGCGGAGUGAGGGAGGUGCAGCAGGGCUUCGCCACCAAGGGCUGGUUCAUCGGUGUGGUCAGUGCCGUGGUGCUGCUGCUGCUCGUCCUGUUGAUCCUCUGCUUCAUCAGGAGGGGCAAAGGAGGGAAGUACUCAGUGAAAGACAAAGAGGAAGGUCCGAUGGACUCAGAAGCUCGGCCGAUGAAGGACGAGACGUUCGGAGAGUACAGAUCUCUGGAAAGUGACCUGGAGGAAAAGCGUGCGGCCAGCCAGGCGUCCCUGUGCCACGACAGUAAACUGUGCAGCCAGGACGCUGACCCGGACAAGGACCUCUUUGGAAGUAGCGCUCUGACCACCGAGGUCAACCUGGACGAGUCCCUGGUCAGCCAGUACAGCCGGCCCAGCGAGGGCGCCGACCGCUCGCCGCUCAACUCCGCCAACAACGGCCUGUCGGUCACCUUCCUCGAGUAAGACCCCGCCCCCCCCGAAUCCUGCUGCCCCCUCCCCCGCCCCGGUGUUGUUGUCCCCUCAGACCCGACUGUCCAGGUGCUGCUGCAGCCAUCUGACCGACCGGACCCUCCUGACCAAAGCAGAGUCCAGCAGUGGACCAGUCUGACUGACCAGAGACGCAGGAACUCUGACGUGGAGACGCCCCUCCCCCACGCCACCCCGACAUUCUCCACAUCAGUGACACGGUGAAGGCCCUUCACUUGAGAACAAAAUCUAAUCUCAGUUCUGGAUUCAUUCAGGUCAGUCAGAGUUAAAUGAAUUAGAUCUCCAGGUUCAUCAUGUGCGAAUUCAAAUUCAAGGUCGGGACUCAGAGUUAGUUCUGGAUGGGCAACUUAAUCCACUGGGAUGAAGGUUAGAUAGAAGGUUCGAUCUGUUCACAACUUACUCCAGAAUCUAGUCAAGUCAACGUCCGAGCGACAGCCUGGAGUCUAGGCGUGAAGUUCACCUGACGAGGAUCGGCUCCUGCGAGUCUGAGGCCACCCGGUCAGGAGGUCCUGACGGACGACGACUGGGUUUUGUUCUGGAGCGCGUGGCCGUCACCGUGUCGGACUUUUCUGAGGUCGUCUCCGCGGAAACAGAAUGUUGUAGAGUAGAAACGUCGGAGCAUUGUAGGAGUCCGAGACCCAGCUCCCGCUGGAGGACGAUGAUGUCAUCAGGUCAACCUUGUUUCUCAGUUUUCAAAAGACUCGGAUUGUAACUGUCCCACCUUUUUUAUACGGCUGUGUUUGAAGCGUUUAUUUUCACGUCGUGAACUUUGUCAGCAACAUCCCGGAGCAGCAGCAGCGAGCUGGUGCUGGAGAGGGUUCAUGAAGGACGUGUCCUGAAGCGACUUCCUUCUGUUUGUACGACUCAGUUGGGACCUGUCUUUAUUUCAUGGUGUAACGUGUUGCAUUAAUUAUUCCUUCUACAUUUAGACAAUGAGUUCUAUCAUGAAGCAAUGAGUUGAAUCUACUCAGUUUUUUUUUCUGGAUUAAAAAGAGCUGUCAUGACGUCUGUUUGCCACUGGUGGCGCUGUGGCGUGACGUCACUCAAGCCUUCAUGAACCCUCUGAACUGGGGCCAGAGUUCCUCCUCGGGUGUUGUUGGAUGCUUUCAGGUGAACUUGCUGUGAAACUGCUGAGUAGCAUCUGUGUACAUAGCCGCGUCCGCGUCCAUAUAUCGAGCCAUACUUACAGUAUUCUAGAAACGUCCAUGCUGUUCUGAGUUCCUGUGCCUGCCGGGUGAUGACGUCAUCACUCCCUCGCCUUCCCGCCUCAAGGUCGGAGAGCAUUUUCAUUUUGUAGUCUGCUGUAGCCUCGUCUGUGUCUCUUUCUACUCCGCAUCCAGCCGCCGUCCUCCGUCGCGCACCUGCUCACCUCUUGCCGCCAAAUCGUUCUGGAAGCAGUAUUUAGCAGAAUGGCUCCUCAAAUGUUAUUUUUCAUCGAUGCAACAGAUGUUAUGAUGCCGGUUCAUGUAUAAUAAAGACUAACAGUUGGUAUUUACACGCCGAGCGGCUUCUUUCUGGGUGGGGUCUCUGAGUCCGAGACCAGGGGGAGGGUGAUUGUAUGGAGCUGAGCCAGAAGGCCACCCUCUCUCAGGCGAGGAUCCAAGGACGGACCGCUUCAACCUUCACUCGGGUUAAGCAGAAAGUUCUGCCACACUGUGACAAAAAGAAAAGUGGCACUGGCUCACUCGGGCGUCUGGCUUUAUUCAGGUCGUUCACAGAAGCAUAUAACAUGUCGCCCGAAGGAAACCGAGCUGAGCCAGAAGCCGGAGGGCUCGGCCUCAGCGGGAGCAGGUGUUGAACUGCAGGAAGUACUCGUUGCUGGGUCUGUUGGUGUACAGCUUCUGGUUCAGGAACUCCUGGCUGUGGAGACAAGAGACGUGGGUCAGGCUCCCGUGCUCGGCGCCGGGCCGCUGUGACCCCAACCCACUGUGC